AUGGGAAGAAAAGCUUACAUGUCCUUUCCUGCUCCACGUCAUAUGGCUUCAUAUAGACGAACUACUGGUGCCCAGCUUUCAACAACCACCUGGCCAAACGUGAGCGAUGCCCUUGAUAAAAUAUUUGCUGAAGGAUCUCAAAGUUCGUCAAAUUUGGGCAGACUCCGAAGAGAGGAGCAUCAGGUUCAUACCCCUGGACCGGAGGCUUUAUCUCGUGAGGAUAACCUGCAAUUUGAUGCAUUCAAAUUGCCCCCACCUGCCAGAUAUGGAACAUCUGUUACCACGACUGUAGAGCACAAGACACCAUUUGAGAAUAACCCUGUAUCAAUUAGAGGAAUCGUCCUUGUAUCUGUGCAGGAGCUCCCUGAUAAAUAUCGGUCGUUAUUUCACUUUCCAGUCUUCAACGCUGUUCGAUCUAAAUGCUUUCAGCCUGUUUACAAAAGGGAUGACAAUAUUGUACUUGCCGCUCCUACUGGAAGUGGAAAAACGGUUGUUAUGGAAUUAGCGAUCUGUCGUAUGCUCAAUAACCUAAAAGACGAGAGGUUCAAAGUCAUCUAUCAAGCACCUACCAAAUCGCUUUGCUCUGAAAGGUUCCGCGAUUGGAACAGAAAGUUUCACUCAUUGGGCCUCCAGUGUGCUGAACUGACCGGUGACACUGACUUUACACAGAUGGGAAGUGUGCAGAACAGCCAAAUAAUUAUAACGACGCCAGAGAAUUGGGACAGCAUGACUCGAAAAUGGAAGGACCAUGCACGUCUGAUGCAGCUAGUGAAGCUCUUUCUAAUUGACGAAGUACACAUCCUCAAGGAGUCACGCGGAGCAACAUUAGAAGCUGUCGUGUCGCGUAUGAAAACGAUCGGAUCCAAUGUGCGCUUCGUUGCAUUAAGCGCUACCAUCCCAAAUUCUGAAGGUAUUGCUACCUGGCUCGGUAAGGAUGCGACGAACCAGCAUGUUCCAGCCCACAGGGAGCAUUUUGGGGAAGAGUUUCGCCCCGUCAAGUUGCAGAGUUUUGUAUACGGCUACCAGUCUCAGGGCAAUGAUUUCGUAUUCGAUAAGAUGUGUAGCUCAAGGCUUCCCGAUGUACUGGCCAUGCAUUCGUGCAGGAAGCCUAUUAUGAUAUUCUGCUGCACGAGCAACUCCUCUGUAGCUACAGCAAAGGAACUUGCUCGGCUGUGGUCAAUGUCCAAUCCGCCGGCCAGGUUGUGGAAAGGACCAAGCAAGUUGAUUGAAGUAAACAAUGUAGACUUGAAGAGUGUCGCAUUUCAUCACGCUGGCCUCGAUCCCGCUGACAGACACGCAAUUGAAACUGGCUUCUCACAAGGACAAAUUAGCAUAAUAUGCUGCACUUCUACUCUUGAAGUUGGCGUAAAUCUUCCUUGCUACCUUGUGAUUGUUAAAAAUACUGUAGGAUGGAUGGACGGCGGUUGCAAAGAAUAUUCAGACCUCGACAUCAUGCAGAUGCUUGGCCAGCGAAAUGAUUACUAUGAACGGCUUGUGUCAGGCUCUGAAAGCCCCGAAAGUUGCUUACACCUGAACCUAAUGGAUCACUUAAACGCCGAAAUUGGCCUAGGUAGUGUCACAAGUAUUGAAUCUGCUAUAAGAUGGCUUGCUGGCACCUUUCUCUUUGUGAGGCUGAGACGAAACCCAACGCACUAUCAACUGAGGGAGGGUGCUGAUAGGGAAGAUGAAGACGAGAUGCUUCGCCAAAUCUGUGAGAAAGAUGUCAAGCCGCUCCAAGAAAGUGGCCUAGUCUCCACUGAAUGCCUUAGAUCCAUACAGUUUGGUGAUGCAAUGGCACGUUAUUACGUGCGAUUUGAGACUAUGAAGACCUUCCUUGCUUUGAAACGUCACGCCACCAUGUCUCAAAUUCUCUCCGCAGUUUCCCAGGCAGAGGAGUACCGUGACGUCCGUCUUAAGGCGGGAGAGAAGUCAUCGUACAGAGAGAUCAACCGUGGAACUGGGAUAUUAUUUCCAGUAAAGGUAGAUAUAGCGCUUCCAGCUCAUAAAACAUCACUGCUCAUCCAGUGUGAGCUGGGUGCGUUGGAUUUUCCCGAUGGCGAGCAGUUCCAAAAACACAAGUUUGCUUUCCAGCAAGACAAAAGCUUCGUAUUCUCACACAUUAACCGGCUUAUUCGAUGCAUAAUAGAUUGCCAGAUCUCUCUCGAGGAUUCAAUCGCUGCCAAGAACGCGUUGGAGCUUGCAAGAAGUUUUGCAGCCAAAGUGUGGGACAGUUCCCCAUUUCAUAUGAAGCAGAUUGCACAAAUCGGUGUUGUCGCUAUUAGAAAGCUAGCAGCUGCUAGAAUAACUAGCAUCGAAGCUCUAGAGCACACAGAGCCUCAUAAGAUUGACAUGAUCCUGAGCAAAAACCCUCCAUUUGGGAUGAAAUUGCUGGGGCGACUUUGUGAUUUCCCUAAGCUACGUGUGUCUGUCAAGAUGGUGAAAAACGAGGGAAAACACGGCGCUCCCGUGAGAAUUCAUUUCAAGGCAGAAGUUGCUUUCGUGAAUGAGAAGUGCCCAACAUCUUUCCAGAGACACCCUGUACAUACCUGCUUUUUAGCGGAGACAUCUGACGGUUUCGUGAUCGAUUUCCGACGUAUGAGCGCGAGUAAGGUCCAAAGCAUCCAGGAGAUAACGUUGAAAGCAGAAAUUAAGACCCAAGAUCAGUAUAUAACGUGCUAUGCGAAGUGUGAUGAUAUCGCAGAAUUGAGACCAGCCCUUGCAGCAUCUUUAUUUUCAAUUCGCUGGAUUGAUAUGUCGGAUGAUAUGGGCCAAAAAUACUUGAUAAAUAUGUCGCACCCACGCAGCAAUACUUCGUCUCGAAUGCAACUUACUACAGGGCACAAUCUGGGAAUUUUUGGAAAAGCCACAGACUGGGCUGUCAUGGCCACAGAGAAGUUAACUGGGAAAAGCAAAGAAUCCGAGCAAGUGGAAUUGCACAAGUCAGAAGAGCCAACCCAGCUUGAGAACGGUAGAUGGAGCUGCAACUAUAAGUGCAAGAACAAAACAAUGAGCAAGCAUCUUUGUUGCCGGGAAGGACUUGAGAAACCGCCAAGGGUGAACAGAAAACAGUCUACUGGAGAGAUUAAUCAGUCAAACAGACUCAACCAACUGACAAUAUCCGCAAGUAUCACCAAGAGCAACGUGCAGAUAGCAAAUUCCAAUGAAACACGGGCCGUUAAGGGUAAUAUUACGGAGGCUGGACCGCAAAGCAAUAAGGACUCGUCGAGUGACUACGGAGAAGACAAUUUCAACGACUUCCCUUCGCCGUCUGCAUUGCUACUUGGUAACAACAUCGAGAUUGGAAGUCCGAAUGCUCAAAGCACCAACAAAGAAGACAGCUUAAAUAAGGAUGUUCAAGUGAAAGAUAAUUGGACUUAUGCCGAUGAGCCGUGGCUUACACUUCUGUCCUCGUUUACUGGCCCCCUUGUGCAGGAUAAUGACGCGAUGUCAACAUCUACCCAGACUCGCAAGAAAAAUAUAAUUAAGCCAAGGGUAUACAGUCCAAUAGAUAAUAUAGGCACCAACCUUGACGGUGAAUCAACUAAAGAAAUGACUGAUAUUGGUCACAUCGAUGGAGACAAGCGAAGGUUCUGUUUGACUGGCGGGGACGAAAUCUGCGACGAGAGAGAUACAAAGAAACAUAAGAAUGCCUCAACAUCUUUCGUCAAUCAAGGCCAAUGCCACGGCACUGUCAGCAGCCAGAGUCAUCAGCCUUAUGAAGCAGACCAUUCAUCUGCUAUUUGGGAUGAUAUUGGCCCAACUCUGCUGGAUGAGUUUAAAGAUAUUGUUAACUUUUUCUAGAAUGCAAACAAUGCCAAUGGUUACCAAUAAAACAACUCAACUGUUGCUAUCAAGGCUCAGAGGAGACCUAUCUCUAUGGGCAUGAGAUAUCCACUGCAUACUGUACCUGCAUAAUUAAGUGGUGAUCUUGAGAGAUCUUGAGAGAUCGUCGAUAGUGCAUGAUUU